CGCGAAACUCACUUUAGUCCAAAUGGGGUUGUCGUUCCCACCCCAUGCUCGCGUUUUAAUUAUCCUACGUCUUCUUCUUCCCCUCCCACCUUCUUCCCUCUCUUCUCCUUCCUUUUUUGCCACCACUCUUUCUCUGUUCUCCUGUUUCGGAUACAUCCCAGGGCUCUUCAACGGUUAGGAGGGCUCUGUGCUGUCCCGUCUCCCCCUCUCCCCCUCUCCCCAGGAUGGUCGAUGUCCCCGCGAUCCGUUGCGGUCUUAUCAAGACUGUGCGAUCAGUGCGCGCCGUUAUCCGUUCACUUGGAGGCGGACGAGAAUCGCAGGACGCCUUCUCACAGAAAGCUCUGCUCUUGCUGUGCGACAUCCUUGAUGUUCUGUACCAAAUCCGGGAACAAUUAAGCUGGUCAAACGAGAAAUGGGUCUCUGGACAGUUACGGCUUAACGCCCUGGACGAGCUUAUUUCCACAUUCGACUCGACCAUUGACGGUAUCGAUGUGAUCUUUCAAAGCGGAGGCGUGGGCAGCCGCCCUUACAAGAAAGCCCUUCUUGAGCGGACAUUCCUUGCUCGGCUGGAACUCUAUAAAUCUGCCUUUGUCGUUGCGAUGCAGCCCGAGACUCAAGAGAAGGCAUUUGUGGAGCAUCAGUUGAAGAGUAGGAUUCGCACGAGUCUCAGUCUGUCGUACAGCCCCAGAAUGAACUCCCAACCUGAGGAGGAUUUCCACGCGGUCACAAGCGCGUCGACUUCGAAGAGCUUCAUGACUCUCGGAGCUAUGUGCAAUGAGCGCCAGAAAGGGACGUGUCAGUGGAUCUUCAACGAGGAGAAGUACAAGUUGUGGCUAUUUGGCUGCCUUCGGACGCUGUACUGUAUUGCACCAGCUGGCACCGGCAAGACCUUUUUGGCGUGAGUAGUGAGCUGAAUAUGUCCUGUUCUAGAGGCUAACUCUAUGUACUGGCCCAGCUCGUAUAUCGCCGACGAUCUGCCUCCAAUACGACCGCCUCGCUGUACCGAUCAGAGUGCUUUGCGAACGGGAAGGCUUCCGCAAAAAGGUAUC